AUGCGCCCCGCGGAUAUUCUCACCCCUCUCGUGCACAGCGAGAAACGGGGACAAAAUGAAAUACGAAUGCGUCAUGUGCAUAGGUGUGAAGGUUGCCGCGGGCGAGCAGCUGAAGCUGCAACAUCAACGCUGCUGCAUAAAAGGCUAAUGCCCCGGGAAAAGUGGAGGCCGACCUGCCAUCGAAGUGCAAGUGCCAUGGGUGGCAAGGUGGCAUGGUGGCUUAGAGGUGCAACAGCUUGCCAGGUGCAACUGCAUAACAAUCUGCAACUGCGACAAUCUGUUCCCAUUUAA